GUUGCUUGGUUUCCUGGGCUUCGGGCGGAGACUAGGUCGGUGAUUCGAAGGCUCGGGCGGGUGCAGGACAGACGCCGGGGCCAGUCACAGUCCCUGGUGGAGAGCGAUUUCCCCGGCCACGCCAAUACCCGACAGGGGAGGAGGGCACCCGGGUCCGCGCCGGCCGCCGAGCCGCUCCCCGCCCCACGGCGCCCGAGUCCGCGACCAGGCCUUGAAUUUUCGGCGGGGACCGUCAUGGCGUCUCAGCCGAAUUCAUCUGCGAAGAAGAAAGAUGAGAAGGGGAAGAACAUCCAAGUGGUGGUGAGAUGCAGACCAUUUAAUUUGGCAGAGCGGAAAGCUAAUGCCCAUUCUGUAGUAGAAUGUGAUCACAUACGGAAAGAAGUUAGUGUACGAACUGGAGGAUUGGCCGACAAAAGCUCAAGGAAAACAUAUACUUUUGAUAUGGUUUUUGGAGCAUCUACUAAACAAAUUGACGUUUAUCGAAGUGUCGUUUGUCCAAUUCUGGAUGAAGUUAUUAUGGGCUAUAACUGCACUAUUUUUGCAUAUGGCCAAACUGGCACUGGAAAAACCUUUACAAUGGAAGGUGAAAGGUCCCCUAAUGAAGAAUAUACUUGGGAGGAGGAUCCUUUGGCUGGUAUAAUUCCACGUACUCUUCAUCAAAUUUUUGAGAAACUUACUGAUAACGGUACUGAAUUUUCAGUCAAAGUGUCACUGUUGGAAAUCUAUAAUGAAGAGCUUUUUGAUCUCCUUAAUCCAUCUUCUGAUGUUUCUGAGAGACUACAGAUGUUUGAUGAUCCCCGUAACAAGAGGGGAGUGAUAAUCAAAGGUUUAGAAGAAAUUACAGUACACAACAAAGAUGAAGUCUAUCAAAUUUUGGAGAAGGGGGCAGCAAAAAGGACAACUGCAGCAACUUUGAUGAAUGCCUACUCUAGUCGUUCCCACUCAGUUUUCUCUGUUACCAUACAUAUGAAAGAAACUACAAUUGAUGGAGAGGAGCUUGUUAAAAUUGGAAAGUUGAACUUGGUUGAUCUUGCAGGAAGUGAAAACAUUGGACGUUCUGGAGCAGUUGACAAGAGAGCUCGGGAAGCUGGAAAUAUCAAUCAAUCCCUGUUGACUUUGGGAAGGGUUAUUACUGCUCUUGUAGAAAGAACACCUCAUGUUCCUUAUCGAGAAUCUAAACUAACUAGAAUUCUCCAGGACUCUCUUGGGGGGCGUACAAGAACAUCUAUAAUUGCAACAAUUUCUCCUGCAUCUCUCAAUCUUGAGGAAACUCUGAGUACAUUGGAAUAUGCUCACAGAGCAAAGAACAUACUCAAUAAGCCUGAAGUUAACCAGAAACUCACCAAAAAAGCUCUGAUUAAGGAGUAUACAGAAGAGAUAGAGCGUCUGAAACGAGAUCUUGCUGCAGCCCGUGAAAAAAAUGGAGUGUACAUUUCUGAAGAAAAUUUCAGAGCCAUGAGUGGAAAACUAACUGUUCAAGAAGAACAAAUUGUAGAAUUGCUUGAAAAAAUUGCUGCUGUUGAGGAAGAGCUAAGUAGGGUUACAGAAUUGUUUAUGGAUAAUAAAAAUGAACUUGACCAGUGUAAAUCUGACCUGCAAAAUAAGACACAGGAACUUGAAACCACUCAAAGACAUUUACAAGAAACUAAAUUACAGCUUGUUGAAGAAGAAUAUUUCACGUCAGCUUUGGAAAGUACUGAGGAGAAACUUCAUGAUACUGCCAGCAGGUUGCUUAACACAGUUGAAGAAACUACAAAAGAUGUAUCUGGUCUCCAUUCUAAACUGGAUCGUAAGAAGGCAGUUGAUCAGCACAAUGCAGAAGCUCAGGAUAUUUUUGGCAAAAACCUGAAUAGUCUGUUUAAUAGUAUGGAAGAAUUAAUUAAGGAUGGCAGCACAAAACAAAAGGCCAUGCUAGAAGUUCAUAAAACCUUGUUUGGUAACCUGCUGUCUUCCAGUGUCUCUGCACUAGACACGAUUACUACAACAGCACUUGGAUCUCUCACAUCUGUUCCAGAAAAUGUGUCUACACUUGUUUCUCAGAUUUCUAAUAUGAUAUUAAAAGAACAGUCAUUAGCAGCAGAAAGUAAAACCGUACUUCAGAAAUUGAUUAAUGUACUUAAGAGUGACCUCCUCAGUUCACUGGAAACAGUUUUAUCCCCCACUGUGGUAUCUAUGCUGGAAAUCAAUAGUCAACUAAAGCAUAUUUUCAAGACUUCAUUGAUACUGGCUAAUAAGAUAGAAGAUCAGAAGAAGGAAAUGGAUGGAUUUCUCAGUACACUGUGUAACAAUCUACAUGAACUAAAAGAAGAUACAAUUUCUUCCUUGGCUGAAACACAGAAGCUAUGUGAAAACUUAACUGAAGACCUGAAGACAAUAAAGAAAAUCCAUUCACAGGAACUUUGCCAGUUAAUCAAUCUUUGGAAGGAGAGAUUCUGUGCUUUGGAGGAAAAGUGUGAAAACAUGUGGAAACCACUUAGCAGUGUUCAAGAAAAUACAGAGCAGAAAUCUAAAGAUAUAAUCAGCAAAACAACUUCUCACAGUGAAAAAUUUGGUGCUGAUUUUGAUGACUUGUCAGCGGAACUCAGACAUUUUAACCAGGAAGGUACAAAACUGGUUGAAGAGUCUGAGAAACACUGUGAUAAACUCAGUAGCAACCUUGAAGUAAUAUCUCAAGAGAAUGAACAGAGAUGUGAGGCUCUGAACACAAGCACACUUUGUUUUUCUGAACAGUGGGUAUCUUGCUUAAAUAAAAGGGAAGAGGAACUUCAGAAUUUAUUGAAGGUUGUACAACAAGGUUGUGAGGCUUCAAGUUCAGAGAUUACUGAAAAAUUAAUUGGGCAUAAAGCAGCUAAUGAGAACCAGCAUAACAUUCUUCUUGGUCAGAUAACUAUUGAUGAAGAAGAAUUAAUGACACAAAGUCAAGAACUUAAUAAAACUGUAAAAAUUGGUUUGACUAAGCUUAAUUGCUUUCUGCAACAGGAUCUGAAACUGGAUAUCCCAACAGGUACGACACCACAGAGGAAAAAUUAUUUAUACCCAUCAACACUGGUGAGAACCCAGCCACGUGAACAGCUCCUUGAUCAGUUGAAAAGGAAACAGCCUGAGCUGUUAAUGACACUAAACUGUUCAGAAAACAACAAAGAAGAGACCAGUCAGGACUUGGAUGAAGAAAAGGCGGUUCUGGUGCACACUGUUGAAGAACCUCUAAGUCAAGAGCCAUCUGUAGACACUAGUUUGGAUUGUUCAUCAAGUGGUGGGGUUCCAUUUUUCCAGCAUAAAAAAUCACAUGGAAAAGAUAAAGAAAACAGAGGCAUUAAUCUACUGGAGAGGUCUAAAGUAGAAGAAACUACAGAGCAAUCUGUUAUGAAGAGCAGAUUACCUCUACGAGCCCAGAACAAUUUUUAGUUAACUUGAGGACAGGUAAUUUUACUUUCUAAGAAAAAUGAAAAAUAAAACCUGUAACCCCAGAACUUGAGCCUUGUGUAUAGAUUAAAAACGAGUAGAAAAUAUCAAGGCAGUACUGUAAAUUAGUUGAAUUUAUUAUCUACCCAUUUUUUCUGUCAUUGCUGUAGUUUACUGUAUAUUAAGUUGGGUUUCAUUUGGGAUUUGCAUUGAGUAAAUAUGCAUUUCUCGCUUUUGAUAUAAAAUAGCUCUUUCAUAACAAAUGAAAAAUAUUUUUCUAGUAUAUUACUAAAUAGCAGAUAUAUAGAAGCUGCAGUGUUCUUUUAGGCUUGAACUUAUAUACGUAAAUAUCACCAGCGCAUGGUUUUAGGAAGGACCGUAUCCUUUCUUUUCUUGGUAUGAUUGAAUUAUGUUUAUAUUUGCUUGCCUCCUUCCCUAGACUUUUUCAUUCUGCCUUCUCAGCAAACUUUCUCCCUUUUUUUGUCACCAAACCAUUUGUAGAGCUACAAAAUGGUAUCCAUUAUUAUUAUGAGAUAGCCAGAAUUUUACCUAGGAAUCUUUUACACUUUUCUGUGGUUAUCUCUAAAAUUGCUGUCAACAGUAAACACAACCCUAGAAGUAUCCCUUCCUUCAAUAUUUUAAUUUGUUUCCCCCUAGAUAUGAAAUCAUUUCAUUCCUUUUUGAGGCCUAACACAUUAGUCCCCACAGAGUUCAUAAGAAGCCAUCUUCUCCAGAAUAUAGAUUGCUAUUAUGAGAGAACUACCUGGAGUUCUGAUUAAUGGCUAUGUGACCCUAUUUUGAAGCCUGUAUCUUGUGCAAAAGCUCAAAGUGUUUAAGCGCUUUUUGAAGCUAUUAAUUAUGACUAUCAUUUAUAUUCUUUUGUUUACCUGGUGAAACUUUUUGUUGUUCUUUGUAUAUAAUAAAAUAUGUGUGUAUAUAUUUUUCGCUAUUGAAAUCUUAACCCUUUUUAGAAGGGCCCUGACAAUUUUGAUCUGGCAGCCAAAUUUCUGGAAGUUGGGAUGUUUGAACAUGAAGAACCAGAGCACUUAGAAGGAAUAUAUGUGAAGAAUAAAUUCAGUGCACACAUCAAGUUUAAGUGUAUAAAUUCAGAUUUGAUUCUGAUAGCUAAGUAAAACCAAACCCUGUUGGAGAAUUAGAAAAUGUGCUACUUCAAGGAACUAAGUUUGCCUUGCAGAGUGCUAAUUAUCUUAAUAAAAAUGAUCAUAUAAUUUCUCUGCAAAAUCAGAUGUCAACAUAAGCUAUGGAUAAUAUCUAAAAAAAUAAGCUACCCUCAGUAAAUCCAUGAUUAAUAAAUUUGGUUUCUACAU